UAAGUUCAAUGUCAAAACUCAUAAAAUGUAGAUUUUGAUCAACAGGUAAACAAAUAUUUUACUAAAAAGGUAUUUUUUGCGAAAAAAAAUAUAGUGUACUGUUUUUACAAGCAAUGGCCAACAUUUGAAAAAAUCAUAAUGCAGUCAUUAAUAUCGCCUGUAGAUCAUGAAUCGCGCUACGGCUCCUAUUACGAAGAAGAUGACGAGUCUGAGGAGACUCCGCUGCUGCCUCGCUGCCCUCGGAACGACGAACGUAUAAAGUUGCUGACUAUUAUGGCUGUCAUCAUGAUGGGAAUGUUCUUGAUGUGCGGACUAUCGAUUGGCAUUUACCUUCUGAUCACCGAAGACGAUUCGGAGAACAUGCUGCCACCGGUACAAGUACCGCCUCUUUUCGUGCCCCGUGCGGAAUGGGACGCUAUGAGUCCGAAUUUCUCCAAACCCGAGCCUGUCUUCAGGGCCAAAUCUGUUGUGGUUGACCAGACUGACACCAGACAUUGCUCUGAUAAGGAAUCCUGCAUCGAACUAAUGACGUAUUUGGAGGAUAACAUUAAUGAGAACAAGAUUUUGCCGUACAAUUUCAUGAUUUCAUCUGAUGGAUAUAUUUACGAGUAUCUCGGAUGGGACAGUCCUUCACAAUUAUAUCCAAAACUACAGUGCCUGUUAAUUGCAUUUAUAGGUAGUUUUACCUACGAAAUGCCAUCGUUUAAGCAACUACAAUCCGCGGGCAACAUUCUAACGGCAUCGGUUAGCAACGGCUACUUGAACAGGAACUUCACUUUUAUUGUCAAAAACGAUACAUUACUAGGAUCAGGCUAUAUUCGAAACACUAUCUUGAAUCAAUUCGAGACGGCUAUUGAAAGGACACAUCUGUUUAGAGCCAAACAUUAUUUCUUUAGAUCUGAUAAAAAUUAAAAUAACUAAACAUGACAUGGCUAAUCCAAACUAAAAGAAACUGAGCAUAAUAUAGCAUAUAGCAAAUUAAAAAAUAAUAACUAUCAUGAUAUAUCUAAUCAAAAAAAAAAUACUCUUAGUAACGUAGUCAUUAUAAUAUAAAAAUAACCUACAUCCCCUCCCCGAACCCUCCACCCUCUAUCAAUAAAAUCAUAGUGAUAGAGACAUUUAAGACUUCAACUAUAUACAGAAGUCUUGACGUAGAUGAAUUUAUAUAAGGUAAUGUUAAAUGUCCGCCUGUCUACUGUCCUUUCUGUUUACUGCAUCAAUAGUCUUUUUUGAUGUGCAAUAUUCGAUAGUAAAUCGUAUCCACGCACAUACUUUUCUACGACUUAUUAAAAAAUUAAUAUAUAAAAAAGAUACAGAGUACCAAGAGGUCGAUAUAUUGAAGUUUUUAUUCUUUUAAAUAUUAUACAAAAAAAAAAAUACAAUUUAACUAAAAUUCAACACCUACUCCGUCUCAAUUUUCGAAAUUUAGUGUCCAUAAAGUCCAUCGCGAGGUGACAUUUAACUAGUAAAUAUAUAUUUAAUUUAUGAGGGUAAUAUAUAUAAGGAGUAGUUAUUACGUGUUUAUUUCAUAAUAUUGUGAGACUUACAGUGAGAUUUACCCUUUUCAUCAAUUUUAGCUUUAUAUGAUAUACUAAUAUUCCUAAUAAUAGCAUAAUUAUUAUAUAUAAUAUGGUGCUCAAAACUUAAAAAGGAAUGAGUAUGUAUCUUUCUAAACUAUUUAUGUAUUAUACAACUAAACCUACACAUUUAAAACUCACGAGUGUUGUUCUACCAUUUAUAUUACGAUUUUGUAACUUUUAAAUACACAUUAUCCCAAUAUGGGUAUAAUGUAUAAAUAUUGACUAAAAUUAUAAGAUUGAUUUUUGGCCAAGCCUAAGUUAUAAUUGUAGUGAAUGUAACAUGCUUUAAUUUUCGUACCAAGACAAAAGUGAGAGUUUUUAUAAUUUUAAGGAAAAGUAGAUUUGUUAUCUACAUUUUAUCUUAUAUGUAUAUCGUAGGUACAUAUUUGAUAUAUUUUAAAUUUUAAAAAAGUGCAAUCAAGUGUCACGUACAGUGACAUAGUAACGCACAUUUUAAAGUGUUCAUAACUUCAAUUUAAUAAUAAAUAUCAAAAGACAAAUAGUGAGAUUUUUCUAACAAAGAUGUUUCGGUAGAAAAUGUCUUUUAUAUGGUUUGUGAUCUCGUCUCUCAUAAUUCUUUACAACAAAUGCAACAAUUUAUUACAUAAAUAUUUUGUUAAAGGUUCUUAUAAACCAUGUUAUUUAUUUUUGUCAUAAUACUAUAUUUUUAUUGUAAUUCUAUAUAUAGACGGGCGUGUCAUUAAUGAUUAUUCAACAGGUGUAAUUAACUAUUUGUAACAUUACUGUUGUAAUACGUGUUUUAAAAAUAAAAAUAUUUCAAUGAUAUGCGUAA